UUUUUACCGAUAUGUUAAAAAACGGGUGAACCAAGUGUCCCCAUUACAUUUUACAUAGUUUUAAUAAUUCUGUUGACACCAUAUAUUUCCCGUGUGUGAUUAAUGUGAAACAAAGUGUGAUGAAUCACCAAUUUACAAUUUUUACAGAAAACAACGACACUUUCUGCUUGGAAAUGCGGUUACCAUGUGUUUUGAAGUUGUUGUUUAUAAAUGGCCGCCUUCUGUAGUUACAGCAAUAACAACAUGCGUUUAUGAUCAUAGAGGACUGCAAACAUGCCCAAGAAGACAGUUGUAUGCUACAUAUGUGGGAGAGAAUUUGGUUCCUCGUCAGUAACCAUUCAUGAACCCCAGUGCCUCCAGAAAUGGCAAGCAGAAAAUGAAAAACUCCCGAAAUCACAGCGUCGAAAGACCCCUACCCGUCCAGAAAUUCUACCCUCUGUUGGUAACGGAAGUAACACAGAUAUAGAGCGAUUUAAUGAAGCUGCCUGGAAGAGUGCUCAAGGCCAGUUGUUACCAUGUGAAAACUGCGGGCGCACUUUUUUACCUGAUCGACUGGAAAUCCAUCAAAGGUCAUGUAAAACAGUUAAAGGUAAGCAGGCCUUAGCAGGCGGGAAACCAAAUGUGAAAGGCAGUGCAGAAGCUGACGUAGAUGAGGAAUUCAGACCAAAAACCGCAGUUGUGUUGAAGCCGAAAGUUGUGAACGAAACAAAUUCUGUUCCUCUGGAAAAACAGGGAACAAGACAGACUGGUAGUAAUCCUGGGACUCCAAAGUCUCAGGUUUCGAAUGGUUCGGGCAACACAUCUAAUUCCUUAAAACCGGGAAAGCAGAUUAGUAACGAGUCAACGAAAAUGAGGGACACACCAGGACCAAAGUUUGUUCUGUGUUAUAUAUGUGGACAAAAAUUUGGCGAAGCUUCAGUAAAAAUCCAUGAGCCACAAUGUUUGGAGAAAUGGAAAAUUGAGAACAGUAAGCUUCCUAAAGGCCAAAGACGUCCAUUACCAAAGAAACCAGAGAUUUUACAGUCCGGUGGAAAGUAUGACAUAGAUGCUAUGAAUGAAGCAGCGUGGAAAAGUGCUCAGGACCAACUCAUACCGUGUGAUGGGUGUGGAAGGAGAUUUGCUCCUGAUCGACUCCCUGUUCAUCAACGAUCAUGUAAAGGUGCUGGUAAAGGGGGCUCUACCUCAGGACCAAAACCUACAGGCUCUGAGCCCAAAUCUGGUCAAGCCUCGGGCCCUGGGGUUAAACGAGAAGGGACUUUUACCUCUGAUAAUCCUCAUCCACCUAAAGCAAUAGUCCCUCCAGGUCCCAAAUUUGUGCUGUGCUAUAUAUGUGGAAGAAAAUUCGGUACCAAGUCCAUAGAUUUUCAUGAGCCUCAGUGUCUGGAAAAGUGGAAACUAGAAAACGACAAAUUACCUAAGUCGCAACGGAGACCUUUACCGAAAAAGCCUGAAAUUGUUGGUGGGAGUGGGCAAUAUGAUAUUGAUGCCAUGAAUGAGGCUGCUUGGAAGAGUUCCCAGGCUCAGCUUAUACCAUGUGAGAACUGCGGGCGGACGUUUGCUUCUGACAGGUUGGCAGUGCAUCAGAGGGCAUGCAAACCAAAGGGAGGCUCUGGAGCAAAGUCGAGUAGUGAGAGUGAUGGGCCUGGCAUGGUCAAUCAUCUAAGUGGUCCAAAGCCACCGAAGGACACAGGCAAAGGUGGCCCGAAGACUGUGAUAUGCUACAUAUGUGGGCGUGAGUUUGGAUCCAAGUCAAUUCCUAUUCACGAGCCGCAGUGCAUGGAGAAGUGGAAGAUCGAGAAUGACAAACUGCCCAAGGGUCAGCGAAGACCUGCACCUAAGAAACCAGAGGGCAUAGCCACUAUGUCAAGGGAACAGAUGAAUGACAUGGCCUGGGAGAAUGCCAAGGCUCAGCUGCUACCAUGUGACAACUGUGGGCGUCGGUUUGCCCCUGACAGACUUCCUGUUCAUCAGAAGUCAUGCAAGCCCAAGGGUGGGACCGGGGGAGGAGGGAGUGGGGGAGGGGCAGAGCCUGUCAAAGAAACCAAGGCUCCAGUGAUCAAGAGGCCUCCCACUAUGAUCUGCUACAUCUGUGGUCGUGAGUUUGGAACCAAGUCUAUCGAUAUACAUGAGCCCCAGUGCCUGGAGAAGUGGAAGAUAGAGAACGCUAAGCUACCCAAGGGCCAGAGACGACCAGAGCCUAAGAAACCGGAAGUCCGCAAAAUUGGAGCUUCAGGGAAGUAUGAUGUAGAUGCCAUGAAUGAGGCGGCCUACCAGAGCGCCAUGUCAAACCUGGUCCCCUGCCCAAACUGUGGCCGUACAUUCAACCCGGACAGGCUCCCGGUUCAUUUGAGAUCGUGCAAACCCAAGGCCCCGAAAGAUGAAUAAUUGCAGAUAUAAUUGACUUUUAAUUUCUUGAUAUAAACAGUUCCCUUUGUUUGUUGUUGUUUCUUCUGUGGUUUUAGUCACUGGUUUUAUAAAAGACUGUACAUUACCUAUAACUGAAUCUGUAUCUCAUAUAAAAUAAGUGUUAGAACAAGUUUGAUUGUGAACAAACUCCUUUACAAUUUGAAGUCAAGUUAUGAACAUGCUUUUAUUAGCACAUCAUUAAGGACAUAGAUUCACAAGUGUUUGAAGUGUCAAUUAGACAUGUUUUAUUACAUUUUUUUUAAGGAAUCAUGUUAUUGAUGACAUUUUAAGAUAAAUACAAAUGUCCUAAAAUAAGAAAACUUAUUUAUUUGCCAACCAAACAAGUCAAAGCUUUUCUGUCAAAUCAACAAAAUUUGAAAUAUUUAAAUUAAUUGGUUUACAGUGUACAGGGUUGUUUAUGUUAUUAAUAGGUAAUUAUUGUUUAAAACAAUAAAUACAAUGUUGUAUUUAUCUUCUAAAAGACACUUGCUUGUUACCCAUUAAAAUGUAGGCCUUAGCAAACAUGAGUAAACAUUAGUCAACGUUUUGCUUGCCAAUAUAAUGUAACAUAUAAUUUAUAAUAACAUUUUUUCACACUAAAUAUGAAUAGUGACUCGGUUUCCUUUUCUAUUUUUACUUAUGCAUGAUUUUUUAGUCGUUCUUUUUUAAAUGAACUGAACAGAAAUAUGAACAAGGCUGUCAGGUUAUUGCAGUGGUUGUUACACAUGCUGCACACCUAGGGGACCCGGGUUAAUGCCCGCACUCAGUGCAUGUGAGCUUGGUUACUGGUCACCAUAACGGACAAGUUGUGUUUAUUCCAGGCACUUUGGCAUUGCCCUACAGAACAAGACCACAAAAAAAUUGAAUAACCUUUAGUAAAAACUAAAUAGCUUGAGAUUGCAGCACUGAAUUUAAAAAAAUCAAAUCUAUCAUGAGUUAAUUUGGAUACUAUAGAAGUGGUGCUUGAAAACUCCAAGUGCUCUGGACGCAAGGACCUCAUUAACUGCAAAAUACACGCAUAUUAUACAUAGAAAGGUACUGAUUAACAAAUAAUAAUCUGAAAUUAGGUAUUGUUUUAAAAAAUUAUUGUUAUUUGAAUACUGGGGUAUUCACAUCAGCACAACUAUUGCACAAAUCCCUAUUCAUGUAUUGAAACAACUCAAUGAGAAAAUAUCUAAAAAUGAAUAAUAUUUUUUUUAUAAAUGUUUUAUGGUGCUGUACAACUUACCGGGCAUUUGACUUUUUUUAUACUUUUCCGUUAUAUGUUAAACUACCUAUCAACCAUUUGAACAUUGUAUCUUUAAAAUUAUGUUUUAAUGAUUAAAACAAUUUAUGUGGAAAGAAUUCAUAAUUAUUAAAAUGUUACUUUCUAGCCAAUAAUUAGUAUAUGUUGUAAUGCCUGAAAGAAGGAGAACAAGUCAUCUAAAUAGUUAUUUUACUCAUUGAUUAGACUACAAAAAAAUCAUAAAAAUAUGGUGUGUACAACUGUGUAACUUUUUAUGUUCAUAUAGUUUUUAUAAUGCUUUUAGAUGGCAUCUCUUUUCUAUUAUGAGGAACUUUAUUGUACUGCCUGCAUUAGUUAAAGUAUGUUUGAAAUAUUGCAGUUGUGUAAACUUUGUAGAACAAUACAAGCAUAAUUUAACAGAUUCAUUAUUUUGGUGUAAGAAUCAAUAAUAUAUUUAGACGUUAUAAUCCCUUUUAAUAUUUGCACAUAUUUAUAUUGUUGUGUGUGUUUUAUGCUCAUAGUAUGUGUUUGAAAGUGUUAUUUAAAGUAUAUUUACAUUUCAAGAAAAUUGUCCAUAUAUUCUGUGAUACUGCUUUGAUUUUACAAACGUCAGAUAUCAAACUAUUGUAUAUUUUAGUACAUGUCUUUACCCAAAUUCGUUACCAUACCUACAUUUUUUAUUAGCUCAUCUAUUUUUUGAAAAAAAAUUAUGAGCUAUUGUCAUCACCUUGGCGUCGGCGUCGGCGUUGGCGUUGGCGUUGGCGUCGGCGUCCGGUUAAGUUUUGCGUUUAGGUCCACUUUUCUCAGUAAGUAUCAAUGCUAUUGCAUUCAAACUUGGUACACUUACUUACUAUCAUGAGGGGACUGGGCAGGCAAAGUUAGAUAACUCUGGCAUGCAUUUUGACAGAAUUAUGUGCCCUUUUUAUACUUAGAAAAUUGACAAUUUUGGUUAAGUUUUGUGUUUAGGUCCAUUUUAUUCCUUAAGCAUCAAAGCUAUUGCUUUCAUACUUGCAACACUUACUAACUAUCAUAAGGGGACUGUGCAGGCAAAGAAAUGUAACUCUGACUGGCAUUUUGACAGAAUUAUGUGCCCUUUUUAUACUUAGAAAAUUGAAAAUUUGAUUAAGUUUUGUGUUUAGGUCCACUUUAUUCCUACAGUAUCAAAGCUAUUGCUUUCAUACUUGCAAGAUUUAUGAACUAUCAUAAGGGGACGGUGCAGGCAAAGUUAUGUAACUCUGACUGGCAUUUGGACGGAAUUAUGGGCCCUUUAUACUUAGAAAAUUGAAAAUUUGGUUAAGAUUUAUGUUUUGGUCCACUUUACCCCUAAAGUAUCAUAGAUAUUGCUUUCAUACUUAGAACACUCACAAACUAUCAUAAGGGUACAGUAAAAGGACAAGUUGCAUAACUCUGGUUGUCAUUGUUACGGAAUUAUGGCCCUUUUUUGACUUAGUAACUUUUAAUAUAUGGUUAAUUUUUGUGUUUCGAUCCACUCGAAGUAUCAAGGCUAUUGCUUUCAAACUUCAAAUACUUACAUGCUAUCAUGAGGUUACUGUACCUGGCAACUUGAAUUUUACUUUGACCUUUGAAUGACCUUGACUCUCAAGGUCAAAUUAUUAAAUUUUGCUAAAAUUGCCAUAACUUCUUUAUUUAUGAUUAGAUUUGAUUGAUACUUUGAUGAAACUUCUCUUACCUGACAUACCACAAUAGACUUCACCCAAACC